UCUCUCUCUCUCUCUUUCUCUGCGCUCUUUGGGAGGAUAUAAAUCCCCUAAUUCUAAGCUUAGCGAAUCUCUUCCGCCACCGCCGCCACCACCACCACCACCACCAAUCUCUCUGGAUAGGAGGCGAUGAUGAGAGCUCCAAACAACAUGGCCGCGAUCACCGCCUCCCUCGAGAAGUCCCUCCAGAACUGCUCCCUCAACCGCCGCCACCGACACGGCGCCUCCGCCUCCGCGUCCUCCUCCGGCGACGGCAUCGGCCGCUCCUCCAGCUCCGACGAUCUAGCCCCGUCGGCCCAUCAUCACCGCCACGGCGACGCCGCCCUCGAGCUCAACUCCCAUAUUUCCCUCCCUUACCAUUGGGAGCAAUGCCUCGAUCUAGCGACGGGAGAGAUAUACUACAUUGACUGGAGAAAUGGGACGAAAGCGAAAGAAGACCCGAGGGUAAAGCCGGAUGUCGACGAAGACGAUGACAAUGGGGGCUUCUAUUCGACGGACGAGAGCUCCUACGAUAGCGAGGAAUCGUCGUCGGAGUCCUCGCCUUCCACAACAUCAAGGACGACGGCGGCGAGGGAUCAGCAACAACGGGUCGAGAAGGACCACGUCCUGGUCGUGGCCGGCUGCAAGAUCUGCCUAAUGUACUUCAUGGUGCCGAAGCAAGUGGAGGAUUGCCCCAAGUGCGGCGGCCAGCUCCUGCACUUCGACCGGUCCGACAACGUCUCGGGCUCUCCUUGAUUUGUUCCCAUCUCCUGUCAUCCGUUUUACGCUUCGCCCUUUGGUGAUUCUUCCUUUUAUCUUGCUCCUUUGUUUCUUCCACGUUCUUCCUUUUUCUAGAUUGCCCUUUUGUUCCAUCCCUCACAAACCCUCUGGUCCGAAAGAGGUUUUGGUGCGGAUUGAUGAAAAGUGAGACGAGUGUUGCAAGUUUUUUAUUACUACUCCCCUAUUCCUUGCA